UGACUGAAAGCUAAAAGCUCAUGCAAUCAACUUUUCUUCUUUCUCGAUACUUUCAUGGCGGCCUCCAAAGCGAGAACUCUCUGUCGCAAAAUGAAAGAACUCAUAGGAGCUGGCAGGUUCUUUCGAAAUUAUUCUCUUUUCCGACUCCCUGAACGCCAACCAUCUACAUAUUGGCGGCCCGUUGGAGAUCCUUCUUGUUUCUCCUCCGAGUUCUCUCCAACGGGAAGACUCCUCUCCGUCAUCCCCUUCGCCAUCCCAGGUUUCCGAUGCUUUUCGAUCUCGGCAGAGCCUCUCACGGGAAAAAACACUUUCGAGGAGAUUUACGUCCAGGAUGGCACCGUGGACGCACCCGUCGCCGAUAGCUCUGAGGCGGAGGUGGAUGGAGGCUGCGAUGUAUCUUUGCCGAAAGCCAAGGCGCCGGAGGCCAGGAAAUUAAUGGAUAUAGAGAAAGAGGCGUGGAGAUUGUUGAAAAGGGCUGCGGUAAACUACUGUGGUAAACCGGUGGGGACUGUGGCUGCGAACGAUCCCACGGAGAUGGCGCUGAAUUAUGAUCAGGUUUUCAUUCGUGAUUUCGUUCCGUCUGCGAUUGCUUUUCUUCUCAAGGGUGAUUCCGAGAUCGUCCGGAAUUUUCUUCUCCACACGUUGCAGCUUCAGAGCUGGGAAAAGACAGUGGACUGCUAUAGCCCAGGGCAAGGGUUAAUGCCAGCUAGUUUUAAGGUUAGGACGGUUCCUUUAGAUGGAAGCAAUGAAGGAUUUGAGGAAAUUUUGGACCCUGAUUUUGGUGAAUCUGCUAUUGGGCGUGUGGCUCCUGUUGAUUCUGGGUUAUGGUGGAUAAUUUUGCUGAGAGCCUAUGGAAAGAUCACAGGGGAUUAUGCCCUGCAGGAGAGAGUGGAUGUACAACUUGGAAUUAGAUUAAUAUUAAAUUUAUGUUUGACGGAUGGAUUUGAUAUGUUUCCAUCUCUUCUAGUAACAGAUGGUUCUUGCAUGAUAGAUCGUCGCAUGGGCAUCCAUGGUCAUCCACUUGAGAUCGAAGUAUGACUUCCAAAUUUUACAAGUUUGAAAUUCAAAUCUGUCAUUGGUUGUCCCUGCUGAAUCCAUUCUGCCUUCUUUUUCCUAUCGUUCAAAAUUUUUUCAUUUUUAAGGGUUCUUAGUUCUCCGUGUUAUUGAACAAAUAACUAUGUAAGUGUGUUGAUAUUUUGUUAUAGAGGAUCUCCUCCAAAAGUGGGCUGUGACAUCCAUUCAAGUUAUGUUUUUGGUAUAAAAAUCUGAAUAACUAUUGGUGCAAUGAAACCAAUAAUAAGUGUUGUGGCUAUGGUCUUGUCAUUUGUUUCUUACCAUGUUUAUUUUUGUACGAGUUACAACUUGCAAGUUUGUAAUCCUUGCACUACAUGACUAAAUCCUACAUCAUUCUAUCUCGACUUGAUUAAAAAAAUUUCAAAUAUGGCUUUAAUAAGCCUCGGUCGGUUGCCCUAAUCUGACACACAAGUCUUUCCCUCCUUCAUUCGAUCUCUGCUCAACCCAAUGCAACACAGGGGAGGUCUUCUUCUUUUCUCCUCCUUCCUCUAAGCACUAGAGCUGCUCAACAAGGGUUUUAUCAGGGCCAACCCUCCACUUCACGCACAAAGCCAUGCCCUCGCCUUCUUUUCUCUUCCUUUGACUAUGAUUUGAUACGAUAAUGACGUCACACACGAGGCUUUUCCUUGAAGUCACGGUUCUUCCUCUUCCUUCGUAUAUGAAGCUCAGAUCACGUAUUCUUCUUCAUAGACUUCUCCUCUCGUUUGCAUGGGAAGACUUGAAUGUGAGGGUGCUCGAUCCCCUCUUCUUCUCCUUUGCGCAAAGAUGAUGCGCCGGAACCUCACCUCUCCCUCUUCCUUGUUCUCACUAAAAUUUAUUCCUCCUUUUCUUCGUUCUUCUCCUCUCGCUUACUAUCUCUCAGUCUCUCACUUCUCUCGUUCUCGUUGUGGAUACAAAUGAAGUCCUCCCUUCAACUUCACUUAAACGAGCCGU